AUGGCACCGAAGAAGAACGCCGCCGCUGCUGCCCAGGCAGACACGCCGGUCUCGACCCCGGCAAAGACCACCAAGGCCGCAAAGGCCCAGCCCUUCAAAUCACCACUGUCCCCCGAGCAGAUCUGGUCCCACUACUGGAAGACCACCGGCCACCAGACGCGCCUGAUUGAUGCGUUCCUGGCCUUCCUCAUGGCCGUCGGGGCCAUCCAGUUUGUCUACUACUUCCUGAUUGCGAAAGAUCCCUUCAACGCCUUCCUGGCAGGUUUUGCCGCCACCGUUGGCCAAUUCGUCCUUACUGUUUCCCUGCGCAUGCAAACCGACGAGCAGAACAAGUCCGAUUUCCCAAAGGUCACCCCGGAGCGCUCCUUUGCAGACUACAUCUUGGGCAGCCUCAUCUUGCACUUCUUCUGCGUCAACUACAUCAACUGA